GUUCUCUUCUUUUCAUUGGCAAAACAAGCUAAGGAACAAUAUAUUCGUGGGAGAAAAUAAAAAAUGGCUUUGGCUAACGCACAAACAAUUCUGUUUUUUGUAGUGUUUUCUUUCAUGUUUGUCCUUAGUAUGGCCAACUUUAACUACACUUGGGCCGGAGGAAAGUGGAACAAAACCAAUUGCCCCUAUGGUAAUAAUCACCCAAAUGCUACUCAAACCUCAAAUAAAUUCAACGUUGGUGGUUCCGAAAAUUGGCAUUAUGGUUUCGAUUACAUGGAUUGGGCUCGCAAGAAUGGCCCUUUCUUUGUUAAUGACACAUUAGUUUUCAAGUAUGAUCCACCAAAUCCAAACGGUGGAUUUCCACACAGUGUAUACUUAUUACCAAACUACUGGAGCUUCAUCAAGUGCGACUUUAGAAGGGCUAAGAGGAUAGCAAAUCCGAACCAGGGUGCAGGAGAAGGAUUCGAGUUUGUGCUGAAGAAAAUGCAGCCUUACUAUUUUGCUUGUGGAGAGCAUGGGGGAAUCCAUUGCAACAAUGGUACCAUGAAGUUUGUUGUCAUGCCACUCAAACGUUGGCCUUUCUGAGUUACGUUGGUUUCUCCAAACUGGUAUAAUAAUUACGGCACCAAAUACAAUACUACUAGUUAUAACUUUUUGGAUUUUACUUUUGUUUGGAACAAAUUAAAUAACGUGUCUUAACGUUGAGUAGACUUAAUUAUCAGAUAAUAUUGGAAUUUUACUUUACUUUGAAUUUAUAUUGUGUUUGGAGUUUUGAC